AUGGCAAACUCAACUGAAUAUGAAAACAGCGCAAGUGCGACUGAAGUAACUUUAUGGAAUGCUUAUUCAACGAGCAUGGCAAUUCUUGCAGGCAUCAAUAUUUUUCUCGCCAUCAUCACAUCUCUUGUCAACACUUUGAUCGUGAUUGCUCUUCAUAAAGUGAGGUCCAUUUAUCCACCAACAAAACUGUUAUUUCGAUGCCUGGCAGUCACCGAUCUUUUGGGUGGACUUAUCUCUCAACCACUGUAUGUUACUAUUCUCUUUCCCCGGUUCACAACUUGGAAUGUGAAUGUCGCAAUUCCGCGUGCAGACGAUUUCUUCUUUGGUCUGCUUCCUGCAGUAUCACUCCUUACAUCAGCCGCCAUCAGCCUGGACAGACUCCUUGCCCUGUUGUUAGGCCUGAUAUAUAGACACACUAAGACAUUAAGACGAGUUUGGGUGGUUAUAGUUUGUAUUUGGUUGAUUAGUGCCCUUCCAGCAACAUGCGUUAUAUUCUCUGAAUAUCCAAAACUAUACGACAUAUCCUUUUGGUUAUUCUCUUCCUUGUUAACAUUUUCCUUGCUAGUUUCAGUAUUCUCUUACGCGAAGAUAUUUAAAACCCUUCGUUAUCGACAAGUUCAGGUUCAUUGCAAUACUCAACAAAAACAGCGGCCAAAUGGAGGAGGGAAUCAACUGAACAUAGCUCGAUACAAGAAGACAGUGUACAGCAUAGCAUGGGUGCAGUAAGCUUUACUUAUUUGCUAUUUUCCUUAUAUCUUAAUCAGAUGGUUGAGUGUUAAACCAUCCUAUUCGACUGAAAUAUAUAUUCUUUCGGAAUUAUUCGUGACUCUCAUUUAUUUAAAUUCUUCUUUAAACCCAGCUCUUUAUUGUUGGAGGAUCAGAGACGUCAAACAAGAAGUGAAGAACAUCAUCCGCAAGAUUUUCCGUUGCUUUUAA